AGUAUUGAUGAAGAUGAUAUACAACAAUUACGUUUGGCUGCUCUUAUGACAAUAAAGAGAAAGUCCACUGUUGAAUUAACUAAUUCUCCAGAAAAAACAAAAGACGAAAAAAGACAUAUUAGUAUUGAUGAAGAUGAUACACAACAAUUACGUUUGGCUGCUCUUAUGACAUUUAAGAGAAAGUCCACUGUUGAAUUAAAUAAUUCUCCAAAGAAAAAAAGACCAAGAAUUAUAUUUGAACAUAAUAAUAAUAAUUUACUCAUUAAUCAAGAGGAUGGAUUUAAUUAUCAUAAAAACGAAAAAAAUAAAAAAACGAUAAUAGAAUCUAAAACUUUAGAAGUAUUUAGAGAUGAUGAUGAAAAAUAUAUUGAAGAAGAUGAAGACGAAGAAGAUGAAGGAAUUCAAGAAAGGCAGCAAAUAUAUGAUAAAAAAGUAACUAUACAGCAUAAUGAUCUUGUUGAUCUAAGAACAGAGUUAAAAAGAAGAAAGGCCCUUCGUUUAAAUACGAUUCAAGUAGAAGUUAAGAAAAAACCAAAAUCGUUUUAUCCUGCCCGGUUAUUACAGUCUGCAAUUAGAGAUGUUGUAAAAUCAAGCAGUUCAAAUGAAGUAAAGAGAAAUAAACAUUCUAAAAUUCCAGAAAUAGUUAUUAAAACUGAAGGAAAUUUAGAUGGCCGAAGAGUAUUUGUGAUGAAUAGAAAUUCUAAGACUAGAAGAGACUUAAGUAUUUUACAUCCAAAAUGUCAAGAAGUUUAUGACAGUGAAGGAGAAUCUUAUACUAAUGUCAAAGUUUCCAUGUAUUUGAGAACAGUUGUUAAUAGUAGUAACACAAUUCAAAAAGGAUUUAAGAAGAUCAAAAAGCCUAUCCUAUGGCCGUGAAUACAUAUUUAUAAUAACAUGAUAUCAGGAAAUAGCUA